AUGAGCAGAUCUAGAGCCAGCCUCUCACCAGCGGCGUCCGAGCGGUCCACUUUACCAAUGGGAGAGUCCGCUGGGCCCGGGAGUCCGGCUUUCAAACCACUGGAGCCAACGCGGGAGCAACUGCUAAAUCACUUUUUCGAGAGAUUCAAAUUUUACACGUCACUCUGCCUCGGCACAUCAGCCAUACUUGCGGUCUUCGCAUUCCUGUUCUUGAUACCGUUCGUCGUUGAACCGGCGGUGCAGACGAUCCUGGCCGAAUUUGUGCCGGAGGCGGGCGUUUGUUCCGUUUCCGAGCACGUCCACGCCGAGACCCUUACCAACUGCACGUGGGCGUCGUGCAGGGAGGGCUGCACAACUGCGCACACGAAAUGCCACAAGAUAAGGGUGAACCUCGCAAGGAGACCGUUCGUCGAAGGCGGGCCCGCACCCGCCGAGUGGGACGCGACGGACCUGCGGUUCCUGAUCAACCCCGAGGGCUGCGGCUACCCCCCGAGGGUGAACUGCUCGGUUUUCGCUAGCGACUACGCGGGCCCGAAGGCGCCGAAGACGUUCCCGUGCUACUACAGCCUGACGCGGCCGGACCUGGUCGUCGCAAGGGCCUGCAAUAGGCGGGUGCACGCCGAGUCCUUCGCGAGCAAAGAGGAUAGCAAGCUGCUAUGUGAGCUAGACGAAGAUCCCAGCGACGAUGUGUUC